AAACCCCUGCACUACGGGACCCUCCUGGGCAGCAGAGCUUGUGCUCACAUGGCAGCAGCUGCCUGGGCCAGUGCCUUUCUCAAUGCUCUGCUGCAAACAGCCAAUACAUUUUCCCUGCCCCUGUGCCAUGGCAAUGCCCUGGGCCAGUUCUUCUGUGAAAUCCCCCAGAUCCUCAAGCUCUCCUGCUCCAAAUCCUACCUCAGGGAACUUGGGCUCGUUGUGGUUGGUUCAUCUUUAGGUUUUGGUUGUUUUGUGUUCAUUGUUUUCUCCUAUGUGCAGAUCUUCAGGGCUGUGCUGAGGAUCCCCUCUGAGCAGGGACGGCACAAAGCCUUUUCCACCUGCCUCCCUCACCUGGCCGUGCUCUCCCUGUUUCUCAGCACUGCCAUAUUUGCCUACCUGAAGCCCUCCUCCAUUUCCUCCCCCUCCCUGGAUCUGGCCCUGUCAGUUCUGUACUCAGUGGUGCCUCCAGCCCUGAACCCCCUCAUC